CACAACUUGAAGCACCGCUACGAGCUGCAGGAGACGCUGGGCAAAGGCACCUAUGGCAAAGUCAAGAGGGCCACCGAGAGGUUCUCGGGCCGAGUGGUUGCUAUAAAAUCCAUUCGUAAGGACAAAAUUAAGGAUGAACAAGACAUGGUUCACAUCAGACGAGAGAUUGAGAUUAUGUCAUCCCUCAACCAUCCUCAUAUCAUCAGUAUUUAUGAAGUGUUUGAGAACAAAGAUAAGAUUGUGAUCAUCAUGGAAUACGCCAGCAAAGGGGAGCUAUAUGAUUUUAUCAGCGAGCGGAGACGUCUCAGCGAGAGGGAGACCAGACACUUCUUCCGGCAGAUUGUCUCCGCCGUUCACUAUUGUCACAAGAACGGUGUGGUCCACCGGGACUUGAAGCUGGAAAAUAUACUGCUCGAUGACAACUGCAAUAUUAAGAUUGCUGACUUUGGGCUUUCCAACCUGUACCAGAAGGACAAGUUCUUGCAAACGUUUUGUGGGAGCCCACUCUAUGCGUCUCCUGAAAUUGUCAAUGGGAGGCCUUACCGAGGGCCAGAGGUGGACAGCUGGGCCCUGGGCGUGUUGCUUUACACCCUGGUUUAUGGAACAAUGCCCUUCGAUGGUUUCGAUCACAAAAACCUCAUUCGGCAAAUCAGCAGCGGAGAGUACCGGGAGCCCACGCAGCCCUCAGAUGCUCGAGGACUCAUCCGGUGGAUGCUGAUGGUGAACCCCGAUCGCCGGGCCACCAUCGAGGACAUCGCCAACCACUGGUGGGUGAACUGGGGCUACAAGAGCAGCGUCUGUGACUGCGAUGCCCUCCCCAACUCCGAGUCGCCCCUCCUGGCCCGGAUUAUUGACUGGCACCACCGGUCCACGGGGCUGCAGGCCGAGGCGGAAGCCAAAAUGAAGAACCUGACGAAGCCGGGGGCCUCGGAGGUCAUGCUGGAGCGGCAGCGGUCGCUGAAGAAGUCCAAGAAAGAGAACGACUUUGCCCAGUCCGGCCAGGACUCGGUGCCUGAGAGUCCAUCCAAACUGAGUUCCAAGAGACUCAAAGGGAUCCUGAAGAAGCGAAGCAACAGCGAGCAUCGCUCUCACAGCACCGGCUUCAUCGAAGGCGUCGUCAGUCCUGCCUUACCCUCUGCUUUCAAGAUGGAGCAGGACCUGUGCCGGACUGGCGUGCCCCUCCCAAGCUCCCCCGAGGGAGAGGUGCCAGGUAAACUCAGCCCCAAGCAGGCAGCCACCAUGCCCAAGAAAGGCAUCUUGAAAAAGACGCAGCAGAGGGAAUCGGGUUACUACUCCUCCCCGGAGCGCAGCGAGUCCUCGGAGCUCUUGGACAGCAACGAUGGGAUGGGCAGCAGCAUCCCGUCCCCCAGUCCCCCGGACACAGCCAGGGUGACUGUCCACAGCCUGUCCUGCCGCAGGAAGGGCAUCUUGAAACACAGCAGCAAGUACUCCGCAGGCACCAUGGACCCGGCCCUCGCCAGCCCCGAAAUGCCCACACUGGAAUCCUUGCUGGAGCCCAGCGUCUCCUCCGAGGGCCUCUCCCGGAGCUACAGCCGGCCUUCCAGCAUCAUCAGCGAUGACAGUGUCCUGUCCAGCGACUCCUUUGACUUGCUGGAUUUGCAGGAGAAUCGCCCUGCCCGCCAGCGCAUCCGCAGCUGUGUCUCGGCGGAAAACUUCCUCCAGAUCCAGGACUUUGAGGGGCUCCAGAACCGGCCUCGACCUCAGUACCCGAAGCGGUACCGGAACCGGCUGGGAGACAGCAGCUUCUCCCUCCUCACGGACAUGGAUGAUGUGACUCAGGUCUACAAGAAAGCGCUGGAGAUCUGCAACAAACUCAACUAGCUCCCCCGGGGUGCAGGGGCGGGUUGGGGGUGGGUACGAGGGAGGAAGGGAAGCAAUGACUUGUGCUAACGAGCUGGUUACCUCUUUGCUGGCCACGAUGAUAGACUGAAAAAGGAUUGGUGCCAUCUCACUUGGCCAAGGUUGCAACCUUGAGCCAGCACCUAAAAGGGAGAAGUGGGCUCUCUGCCAGUCCUGUCAGCUGCCAGCCAGAAUUUGGGUCCUAAUUGGCAUCGGCUUUAUGGUACCUCCUAGAGGCCCAGCUAUCAGGGGAGGUGGCAUUGGCCAGCACUUAGAGGGUGGGAGGAAGCCUUUGGAAGAGGGAGCGUUUCCCUAGAAGUCAUCCAAGUGCUUCUGGAGGAGGCAUGAGAGAGACUGGAGAGGUCUGCUUUGGGUGAGCUCAGGGCUUGCUCCUUCUCUCACAUUAGCAAGCUUGGUCGGGUCUGAUUGCUUGGGGUUGGCAAGUAGAUUUCAGCAACCUGAGUUUGAGUUGGUGGUUGAUUGAUAGUGGCUGCUGGCUGUGCUGGUGUGAGUAGCCCAGGCACAUGGGAAGGAGUUCUGUGAUCAACUAGUCAUGGCUGCCAUGGGUAUGGGAAGAGGGGCUGUAGCACUCAUGCCAUGUAGUUGCCAUCCUUGACCUGGUUAAGCCCUGGGAAUUAGGUUAAGGCAUCCUGUGGGAUCUAUGUUAUCUCUGAAUGCUACUGGAGUGGCACUUGUCCAUUUGCUACUCUAUCUUGAAUGGAAGAUAGGGCCUUGGUAAGAGAGAGGAUGCUCUGAACUCGGCUAAGGACUUAGAGCCUAUGGUGAUUUUUUGGCUUCUUCUCUGAUGUCUGCCUUGCUCUUCAGCACAACUUCCCAAGGGUGGAUGGGAAAAGAUGGUGGUGUCAGAGGUUAAAACUGGUGUAUAACAGAGCCUGGGACCCUCUGUGCUUUUUGCACAGAUGAAUGGAAACUGACCCGCACCAACAAGGGGGCAACUUGUCAAUUUCUUUAACAUCUCAAUAUUAACUGGAAUGCUGCCUCUUGGGUUCAUUCUCAUCUGCAUGAAUGCUCUCACUUGGAUGUGAUACUGUCCAUAGUCUCCAAGGGAGUAACUGGCUCACCCAUUGACCCUGUCUAGUACUAGCAAACGGUUUCCCCAUCCACCACAUGUGGAAUCCUCAGAAGUAGGCGAGUUUGCUUGUAGGGAGUUAGUGUGUAGGUGGGAUAUUUGGACGAGGAAAGGAAAGUCAGGCGGAAGGUGUUUCCCCCCCAACUCUAGGUAUUCUGUGUCAUGGGUUUGAAUGCCUAGGCUUUGGGGGAAAAGAAUGUUCAUCCAUUCACAUGAAUAAGGUGUUGAGAGAGCAGAGUGGGCUGGGAGGAAGCAUAUGGAAGAGGAGACAUUUCCCGGGAAGCCUCCAGAUGGUUCUGGAGAAGGCAGAGAAGAGGUGUGAUAGGACUCUUACCUUGAAAAGACACCCAGAUUGCAGGUGACAAGACUGUCACUCCCACAAUGGGACAUCUUCAGGUACUGGGUUUGAAAUGAAUGGUCUUAUUUGUGAAUUUGGGAUGACUUCAGAUUCUACUGGCCUGGGGAAAUGGAAACCCUUGUUUCAAGUUGGCCAACAUCGGUAGUCACCUAGAGAAACAAGGAGGACUGGUUUUUGGAAGCAUUUUUGGGAAAACCACAAGCAAUAGCUCAUGGGGAGAUGAGAAAGAAUUCACCGUAAGGCACGAAGAACAUUUAAUGAGAACAAAGCCACCCUUUUCCUAAGGAGAUGGCGGCAUUUCUCCCCUUUGCCACCAGCUCUGGGGUUUUGUCUUGUGUGUUCCUUCAGGUCCAGCUGAGUCAUGUAUUGUGGGAAGCGUCUCAGUUUCCUUGCAUUCAAUUCCACCUCCUUCCUGAGCUCCCAUAAAGGUUCAAAGGGAAAAAGAAAACCCUGUAGGUGGCAAAGGGUGUGUGGAGGGUGUGUGGGUGCAUGGAGGGCAUUCGGCAGCCUCUGAGCUCCCUACUCUUUAUCUCGUUUUCCACAACCUUUUGGGAGCUCCCUGGUCUGCCACACUGCUGGUCCCCAUGCAUGGCAGCUGGCCUUGUGGGUAGCUGUCGGUAUGACUUAGGUAUAACACCUACCUACUGGUUGAUGUGUUUAUUUUUCCUUUUGCCAAGUGAUUACCUCGGUUUAGUAUUUUCCAACUUUCUAAUCUUUAAAUAAAAAUGACACUAUUCAGAAAAACGAUUCUCCCCAGCCCCUCAAAGAGAAACACACACGUAUGUUCUCUGUUGUCAGUAAAACCCAGACUGGAUUGUGGCAAAGACAGUCCUCCACCCCGAGGCCGAGAUUCUAGGUUGAGUCCUGGUGUGCUGCUAACUAGCUGGUGGCCUUGGGCACCUGCAGAGUUUUGGGGACUACGUUUCCCCUUCUGUGAGAGCUGGAGGGGUGGCUUAGCUGGUCUCUCAGGCCCUGCCUAGUUCUGCUAAAUCCUCUGAUUCUAGAUGUGAUGUUGACUCUGCUUUUCAAGGAAAACCCUGGAAGAGAGGGAAAAGCUCAGAAAAGCCACUUCCCUGCUUCCUGAGUAAGUCCUACCACCCCUACCUACCUGCCAGUCCCCAGCCAAGCAGGUCGUGCUUGAUUCGUUUCCACGGAAUCACAAGUGAGAGACACUUUUAUGACCCGGUGGACCAGGCAGGAGGUUGGAUGUCAGCUCUCCUGGUCCUUCCCUUGCCUCUUGGGCCUUUCAGUGUCUUCGUUUACACAUCUGCCAAAGGAAUAGAAUGAUCCUUCUUUUUACAGGUGAAUUUCAAAGGCAUAAUCAGUUUUCAGGAAGUACUUCAAGACCCCAGGCGAAUUGAAAUGGCUAAGAACUCACUGAAUUUCCAUCCCUGCUGCUGCUUCAGAUGACAGGGAGCACUUUGCAGGGUGGGAUUCAGGCGAGGCUUGCCCGGGCCUGCUGUCUUGAGUACAAAUGUGAAUGAUCGACUAACUGCUUAUUGCCAAACUGGAAAUGUUCUGUAGGGAUUAACUGGCAUGGUAUCAUUCCUAGAAGAAAAAAGAGAGAGAGAGAAACUUGACUGCACAUUUUUUAAAAAAAAAUCCAAGUUGUGAC